ACUUGCUCAGUCGCCAGUGCUCAGUGUCGAUCGGACCGCGUGCCUUGCCGUUCGUGUUCCCGUAGUUACGUUGGUUAGUACGUUCGUCUCGUCCUGGCAGGCUUCUUACUUUAUUAAUAGUGUUUUAAAUAUCCAUCGCCGUCGACCAGUCCAAACACUUAUUUUCUGAGAGCUAUGCUUGAUAUGAUGAAUAAAAUGGCCGAACUCAAGUUCGAAGCGCCGCUGGCGCAGUUCGAAGAGUCGGAUGAAUGGACAAAAAUUAUGGACGAUGACUCGCCGCUACAGUCGGCAAAACACAAUCUCCAUAAUCACCAUCAUCAACAGGGAAAUAGUCAACCGAUAUCAGGUGGUAGCGUACGUGACGCAGAUGAGGAACAAUUGGACAACAUGCUGAGCAACAGUAGUAGAGCCCUGGAACCUGCUAACAAAUCUUCGUGCACGCAGUGUGGAGCAAACAACAACAAUGUCAGUGUGGAAGUGACGACAUCGGACACGGACAAUUUUGGCGAGACAUUUAGCGGGUCCCUGGAAGAUCUCGUGCACACGUUCGAUGAUAAAAUAACCAGAUGCUUUUGCGAUUACGAGGAGUCUGUGGAGAAAUUAGCACCGGUUCAGAUCAGGACUCAGGAAGAAAUAAUGAAUGAAUGCCAAAUGUGGUGGACAAUCACAGGCAACUUUGGCAAUAUUCUUCCUAUUGAUUGGUCCAAGUCAUAUGCACGCAAAGUUCAACUUCCAGUACUCAAUUUAAAUAAUAACAUUCAAGACGAAUCCUCAGAUGACCUUAGCAGUGAAGAUGAAGCUGUUUCAAACGAUUUAGAUUUGCAUACUUUGAUAUUGUCCGGUCCCAGUGCUGAUAUUGAACCUCCAACUGCUGAUGAAGUGAUUAGAGAAAUUGAUGAUAUAAUGGAAGAGGGUACUUCAAAUGACUGUACUCCAGACUCUGAACAUCAUAAGGAAGUUCAUUCACCAUUGCUAGAAGAAAAAUUAAAAACAUUGAAUGUGUCUCAACUUAAUGAAGUUUACAUGGAAUUAGAGUUGUUGAUCAGAGACUAUUCUGAAACAUUAAUUACAGAACUGGCCUUAAGAGAUGAGUUGGAGUUUGAAAAAGAAUUAAAAAACUCAUUUAUAUCACUGUUAUUGGCUGUUCAAAAUCGAAGGAGACAAUAUCAUGUAGAAAAAAAACGGAAUUCAAGAGCAGGAAAUGCAAAUAAAAAUGUAACAAAUGAGCCUAAAUAUUUAACCACUGUCAUACCAUACCAUUUGGAUAAUGGACCUUUAAGUAAUCAGGCACUUCAAGUUCUCAUUAAAAUUUUAAAAGCAAUAAACGAAGACAGUCCCACAGUACCAACAUUACUAACAGACUACAUUCUUAAAGUAUUGUGUCCCACAUAAUUGAAAACGGAUUCAGUAAAGUGAUAUGAUCAACUGCACUCUAAACUCUACGUGAUACAACUUAUUUAAUAUUAACUUAUUGUGGCAUAAUUCGUAGAUUUUUAGGGUAAUAAUUUAUUAUAAGUUCUACUUGAGGUAUAUUAUGUAGAUAUUAUUAUUAAAUUAAAAACAUUUUACUUGUAAUUUGCAAUAGUAUUUCUAUAAUAUAACUCUACAAAACAUCUUUCUUCUUUUUAGUAUAAAUAAAAUUAAUGGAUAAUAUAAAAUAAAUGAAAUAUAAUUUUUUUUUCAGUUUGUGCCAUUUAGCUAUUAUGAAACUAAUGAAUAAUAUAGGUAUUGAUAUGUAAUACUCAAUAUGUAAUUUAAAUAUUGACAUAAAUUACAUUUAACUAAAACCCUACAUACCCCAUUGGUGCUUCAUAAUAAUAAAAUAAUGAUUUACUUAACUAUACUUAUUCGAUUAUAGCACGAAUGAAUAAUAAUUAAUAAUUUUUAAGAUGUCAUUUAUAUAUUAUACAGUUGAUUCCAACAUUUGUUAGUUAGUUCAGACUCGCAUUUAAAGAUACUAAACAAAUAAACAAUAUAAUACGAUUAUUAGGUAUAAAUUAUGGGAAAUGUUUAUUGUGUUGCGCUGGGACCAAAAUGAGUGCAAAUCAUGAUGUGAAAGUUAUUUUAUUUAUUGUUUUUUUUUUUUUAUGUCAUUCUAUAUUUCUCAAUUUAAAUUAGACUAAGUUUAUAAUAAGAUAAAGUAUAAUUUUAGCUUAAUUUUAGAUUAUUUAUUGUAUUGUUUUUGUGAUAAUCUUUUUAUUUAUGCUUAUGUACAAUUUUAAAUGUUUCUUUCUUUUUUAAGCUUUAUUAAUUAUUUAUACUGUAUUUUUUAAAUGUAUAUUAUAUAAUAAUAUUUUCAUCAAAUGUCAGAUGCAAAAUGCUGUAUAUGCUAACGUAUUAAAUAAUGCCCUCUAGUCAUAAUAUUAAUAAAUGCAAAAUAAAUUAUUGUCAAUAAACA